AUGCACGAGAAAAGAAUAUGGUACAAAAAUGGAAAGCGAGAAGAGAGCCAAAGUUCCAGUGACGAGUAUGUACCUAGCACAGAUGAAGAAGACAAAGAUUCUGAGUCUGAAGAUGACGAUGAGUAUGCAUUUAAAGAUGGAACAGACAAGUCCCUAAUAAGAACUGACAGCAGCGCUAGUGAAGCAAUCAAGAAAUCUGGAGUGUUGGAGGUUCAUGAAGGUGAACUAAAGGUAAUGCGGAGACCAGGAGAAAACGAAGAUAAAGACCCCUCCAAUUACUUGCCCUGUCAGUUUUGUCAUGGUUUCUUCCAGAAAAAGGAUCUAUACCGACACUGCCCAAAAUGUCCUUUCGCUCAAGAAAUAAACCACACCAUGAAAUCCAAGAAGCUGCAGCAUGCGGGAAGAUUGUUGUUGGCAGCAAAUAAAUUUCCAUCCGGUGCUAGUCAACAACUAUCAGAUAACGUCUUGGCAAUAAUGGCGGAUGAUGUCAGCGCUGUAGUCAGAACUGAUGAAACAAUCCUAAGGGUGGGCUCCACACUAAUAGAGAAACGCGGCAAUGAAAAAGCUGUGGAAGUUUCACAACAAAUGCGUAUUCUUGCCCGAUUGCUCAUAAAGGUUAGAGAGUUAUGUUGUGUUCCAACUUUAUCGCUUGAGAAGAGUUUGACGCCAGCACAAUUUGAUAACCAUCUUGCCAGCGCAAGAUAUCUUGGUGGAUACACAGGAGCACCGAACACCAGCAUUGCGAAGAAAAGACAUGGAAGCAAAAACGACGUCGAUCUGUUCCUAGAGCUGUACGAGGGAGAAUGGAGCGCCAAAGUAACAUCUCAAGCCCUGGAUAAUUUGUCAUUUAAAAAACACAACAAGCCACAACUCCUGCCAAUAACAAACGACCUACUAGCCCUGCGAACUUUCCUCAACGAGCAGAUUUUGGAACUUAGCGAGGAUGUGAAGAAAAACCCUAUGCAAGAAAAUUGGAGGAAACUUGCUAAUUCAGCCUUAGCAAGACUGAUUAUGUUCAAUAAACGGAGAGGUGGGGAGGCUUCUCGAAUGAAACUCGAUGCUUUCCAAGGGAGGCCUUUGUGGGGCAACAUUCACAACGAGGAAAUAGUUUCUGCCCUUUCAGCCACUGAAAGAGAACUCUGCAAACGGUUUGACAUGGUGGAAAUUCUUGGAAAACGAAACAGAAAAGUUCCCGUGUUGCUGACACCUGAUGUAAAAGCUGCCAUACUUGUCUUGAACAGGACAAGGGAAGAUGGGAAUGUGAACGAAAAUCCCUAUGUUUUCGCAGUGAAUGACGGAAGUUCAAAACAGUUUUUACGAGGGAACGAUGUUAUACGUCAUGCAUGUAAAAUGGUUGAUCUUAAAAAUCCCGACGUGAUUACUUCAACCAACCUCCGAAAGUAUGUGGCAACUGUGUCGCAGCUCGUUGACAUGGAUCAAAAUGAAUUGGGAUGGCUGGCAACUCAUCUUGGCCACGACGUGCACAUCCAUAAAGAGUUCUACAGGAUGCAAGAAAGCACACUUGAGAUGGCAGUAGUUGGUAACCUCUUAAUGGCCAUCGAUGAAGGGAGGGCACACGAAUUUAAAGGGAAAAACCUGCGGGACAUUACACUUCAAGACUUUCACAAUACUCAGAGUGAAGAGGAUGCCGAGUCUGAGUUAGAUAAAGUAAGGCACGUUUCUCUCUGUCUCUGGGUCUCCGUUAGUAAAGUUUAUCAACCUUCGGUUCAUUGCGACAGAAAACCGAUUCCCCAGAGCAACAUAACAUCGCCAUCGCUAACUUCUGCUGGCAAAAGGACAACGACCAAAAAGGGAACGAACAAGUCCACUGAAAAGUCUAAAAAACAUUGUAACAAGAAAAGGGGAACCCUCGAGGCAGGUCAGCAACGAAAGAUGGUGGCGAAGAAAACGUGGACAACCCCAGAAAGAAAGGCAGCGUUGAAAACAUUCCAAAAACACAUUCAAAAUGGAGUGCUACCCAAAAAAACGAGUGUGUUAAGUUUUUGGAGGAGAAUCACGGGAUAGUACAAAACAGAACAUGGACAAACGUGAAGGAUUAUGUGAGAAACUACACCGUGAAAAAGAAGUAAACAAGUUUGAAUCCUUUUAUAUUUUAUUCAGAGCAGAACGCAGCUUGUUGAACUUGCCUCUUUAUAUAUGAUAUUUUAGCCAGAAUGCAAUUUCAAAUUCUUCACCAGCAUUCUCGUUAAUGCCGCUCUGAUUCUGAUCGUGAAUUAUAGAAGUGAAGUUGCUACGUGAAUGUUAAAAAACUAAGAAACAUUGUCUUUGCUGGAAACAAAUGGCCAGCGAUAAAACUGAAUGACGUCAUCGUGUGAAUCAGUCGUAAAUCUGCAGACGUCAAACCAAUUCUAUUAUUUUAUGUUUUCAAUUAUAACCUCAACAUAACAAGAAUGUCUUAUAUUAAUUAUUAAACGGAUCU